AUGGCGCUAGCAACUCGUGACACCAUCGCUGUAGAUGUGGCAAUGGUUUGGCACACUCACUCAUUCGUUGGCAUCAUUGUGGAGGCUGCCAUCAACUACGCGUACACAGGCAGCAUCACAAUCUCUGCGGCAAAUGUCACACGAAUCUAUCUGCUGGCACAUAAUCUCGGAUCCGACACUAUCGCCUCGUGGUGUGUGGAUUUUCUAAGGACGAGGUGGGUGAAGCUUUUCUGGGAGUUACAACCGACUGUCCUAAGGAUUUCUCUAGACAAUGUAUCAGAAGUGUGGUCAGUAACCAAUGUGGCUCCGAAUCGUGGAUUGAUGGAAUUGUGCGUUCCGUUGAUGACAGAACAUUUUGAAAUUCUAUGUUUGCGAAGCAAGGUGCUGAUGCAGACAACAGCGGAGUAUUUUGAGGUCAUGCUGGAGAAGAAACGCCAAAGAGGCACGCUACCACAGAUAAAGCUCAUCAACUUCAAAUGGCAACAUGCAAGUAAGGACAAUGUUUACCACCAAUACCACUGUGCUGAUCUGCCUACUUCUCUCUACACCAGCUUAUCCUCACUUGCUAAAAUGCACCAUCCGGAGGUAGUUUCCACUGAAACAUCCUCAUCAUUCACGAGCUGCAUAUUUGCAUGCAAGAAGGUCGUGGAAUGUAACCAUCGAUGUGAUUCCCUUUUCGGGCGACUAUAUCCAAGUGGUCAGGUGCUCCUCCAACGCAAAAUUCAAGCAUUCAAUUACUUACUCUCCAUACAGAGAAUAUGCUACGUCUACUGCACUCUUUUGAAGCCGAUCAUUCCAUCUGCUGCAUCAUUUAGCACAACCACUUAG